AAGGCCGGGAUCACGUGAGCGUUAAAAUUUGCUCACGUGACGUAGUGCCAGUUGCAGUUUACAGACUGCAACCGACAGUAAACUUCCUUAGUUAACCGGAUUUGAGUUAAGGUUAGGAUCAAACAUCGGAUUGCAAUAAACAAUUCUCAGUGUGGGUUACGCUGUAUUGGUAUCAGAUUUGCUUUAUUUACAAAAUUGCGUCAUGAUAUUGCGCCAAGUUGUUCGUACAUUGUUGAAAAGGGUUACCCCUGCGAUGUGUGCCACAAGUUUUCUAUUUGAGAAUCAAUCGGAAACUAAACGGCCGACCGUAAAUGAUAAAUUAAAUCUCCAACCUGCAGAUAUUACAAAAUUAACUGUCGAGUAUAUGAUACAACAGUCGAUAGCAGAUUCUAUGGACAAUGCAACUAAAACAUUAAGUGUUGCGUAUAUGUCAGUAAUGAGAAUUAGUGACGAAUACAAGAGUUUGUUAAAUAAACUGAUUUCUUUAUUAAAAGAUACUCUGGAGUAUCAAGUUAAUGAUGAACAUUGGGAUUUAGUGCUAGAGAUGAGGUCAGAAGUACAGACUAUGAAAGAGAAAUUAAAUAAAUUAACAGUAUACAUUCAAUAUGUACAAAGACUGGCGGUAGCAGCUUCUGAUCUAAGUUAUCUUUCUGGAAUGGACAAUUUGUAUUUCUCUCUUUCUGGACAAAUUGAAAAUAUUGCAAAAAGUGUACAACAAGAAAUUGAUCAUAUCGCAAUACUUGAGGAGGAGUACAACUUUAUACAAGAGAAAUGCAUUAGGAAUGAAAGUAAAGAGGACAAUAACGAGUCUCGCCAAUUACCAUAACCAAACAAUCUUUCCAUUUGCUCAACAUUUAGAACUUAUAAUUUACACGUUAUUAAUCUAAUUUAAUAAAAUUACUUACAACAAAAAAUAUCAGAAA